AUGCGAGGCCAAUUGCCCUUGACGAGAGCGGCGCGAGGACUCAGGCUGCGGGCAUUACCCUCGUAUACUUGCACUCAGUGCAGGAGUAUUCAGAUCAGCGCUGCGCCGAGCACUGAAGCGCCAAAGGUUGGAGCCGAUGCCUUUGGAGCUCUCGAGGCAAGGGAUCCUGCGGAUGCUCGAUUCGAGGUUCUCGGCUCACCAUAUUCGCUCCUUUCUGUGACCUUGUCGGCAUCGCAGAAGCUCUAUACUCGGAGGGGUACCUUGGUUGCUGUAGCCGGCAAGCCUGAAAAUGCCCAGUCCACUCUCUCGAUCCUCAACCCGAUCACACGAGCCUUUCUCGGCGUUCCCUUUCUCUACCAGCGCAUCUCAGCCACGACGCCCAUCACGGCCUUGAUAUCGACGAAAUCACCGACAACCACUUUUACAGUCCUCCACCUUGACGGAACGACAGAUUGGAUGAUCUCACAGAGAAACGCACUAUUGGCUUGGACAGGUCACACUCUUGCGCCCUCGGCGCGUAUUCAGAGCAGCCUCACACUGGCCCAUUGGGGCAACACACUCCUAACGGGACGAGGUCUCGCCGCUCUAUCAGCACCAGGGCAAAUCUACGAGCUCACUCUCAAGGAGGGAGAGGAGUUUGUCGCACACCCCGGAAGUGUUGUCGCCUAUUCGAUCAGCCGACAUCCGCCACAGCCUUUCCGCUUUAAGAGCAACAGCCUACGACUCCAGGUGCCCUCGCUAUCGAGAUGGAUCUCAGAGCCUGAGUGGGUGAAGACUGUGCGCAACUCGGAGGUAUGGAAGUACCUUGCAAGAGCUUUCUACAGCAUGCGAACCGCUACUCGACGAACCAUCUGGGGCGAUCGUCUUUUCCUCCAAUUUCAUGGUCCCACAAAGAUCCUCAUGUCUAGCCGAGGAGUGCGCGCUUCAGACGUUCUCACUGACAAGCAAGUGAAUGAGAUUGCCGAUGCGCAACCCGGUGUUCUGGCAGAAGCUCUCGACGUGAAGAAUAAGCUCAAGCUGACUGACGGUACAGAGACCAAGCCUGCCCCUGUCAAAGCUGUUGAGCCAGAAGUGGAAGAUAAGUCAGUGACGGGAAUUCACGUUGCCACAGUUGAGAAGGAUGGCAAGGUGAAAUUCGAGGACAACAAGGAUCUCAAAGAGUUCAUACGAUGA